UUUCCACUCAGAAUGACCGCGAUCGCCAUACGCCGCAUGCGAGCCGAGGACUUCGAGCAGGUGGAGGCCUUCCUCGCCGUGCACUUCUUCCAGCAGGAGCCGCUCAUGCUGAUCCCCCAGGAGGACCCGGCGCAGGCCGCGGUGACCCCGGCGGAGACAGAGCUGCACCGCGGCCUAAUUGCUCAGGGGCUCUCCCUGGUGGCCGUCGAGGGCGAGCGCAUCGUGGGCGUGGUCCUGGCCGGGGAGCUGCUGCCCGCGGACCUGGAGCGGGAGUUCCGGGAGAGCGAGCAGAAGGAGCCCCAGUGCCACCUCGAGAAGAUCCACAAGUUCCUGGCGCGCAUCGAGCGGCAGGCCGACGUCUUCGCGCACUUCGGCGUGGAGCGGGCCCUCUACCUGUACAUGCUCGGCGUGGACUCCUCCGUGCGGCGCCAGCGGGUGGGCUCCCGCCUGGUGGCGGCCCUCAUCGAGCUGGGUCGCGAGCGGGGCUUCCCCCUGGUGGCCUCCACCUGCACCAACGAGCACUCCAAGCGCCUCAUGGCCGGGCUCCAGAUGGAGUGCGUCCUCUCGCAGGACUACGCGGACUUCAAGGACCCGGGGGAGGUGGUCCUGCGGGCGGCGAGUCCCCACACCUCGGCCAGCGUCGUGGGCAUCCGCCUGUAGGACCCCGAGGAAGCUCUCCAAAGAAUUUAGAUACACAGCUAGGCUUAGGGCAAUAAAGGAAAAGUGAAAAACAUUUGGAAACUGCA